AGCGUCUCUUUCACUUUUAGAGGAUCUUGGCAGGAAAACGAACAGAAAGGGCAACUGUGUGUUGUGCUCUGCGUUAGACAGAUUUGUCCAAAUCUUUGAGCUGCAGCAAUGCGUGGACUUUAUGCAAUUUUGUUCUUUUACAUGUUUGUCUGCUGCAUCAUGGCAAAGAAGAUGCGGUGGUGCACUGUGUCAGACCCUGAACAGAGGAAGUGUGCAGAACUGGCCAAAGCUCUGGUGGCGGUGCUGCCUUCAGCUAUUUUGGCAGCUUUUGCAAGACUCUCAUGCAUACGAGCGUCCAGCACAUCUGACUGCAUCGAAAGGAUCAGGGCAAACCGUGCUGAUAUCGUGACAUUAGACGCAGGGGAGGUUUAUUCUGCUGUGAAGCAGUUCGGCCUCGUCGCCAUCGCCAAGGAAAUAUACAGUGACGGAGGCUGCCUUCUGUCUGUGGCUGUGGUGAGAAACAGCAGCUUGGACAUCCGAUCCCUGCAGGGACUCAGGAGUUGUCACAGUGGCAUACGAUGGACAGCCGGCUGGAGUCUUCCUCUCGGCUUCCUGCUGUCCAGAAACUACCUGAGCUGGUCAAAGGAGCAGCCGCUCAGUCAAGACGUCAGUAAGUUCUUCAGUGCCAGCUGUGUUCCUGGAGCUGCUGCCGUGGCUCCACGUCUGUGUGCGCUGUGCCAAGGCCAGAAAUCUUACAUUCGCCAGAAGAAUUACCACUGUGAAACAUCCCAUAGUGAACCCUUCUACAACAGCCAGGGGGCCCUCAGAUGUCUGAGGAGAGGUGCAGGGGAUGUUGCAUUUGUGGACAAUUUAGCCCUCGAAAGCAUUGAAGAGAGCGAGAGUGAUGAGUUCAAGUUACUGUGUCCUGACGGAACUCAGGCUCCUCUCAGCCACUACAGAAGCUGUAACCUGGGACGAGGUCCGGGCGGAGGCAUCGUCACCCGAUUCAACUUUCGCAAGGUUGCUCGCAAAUUUCUUGUGACAGUGCAGAUGCUGUUUGGUCAACGAGGAAGAGAGAGAAAGCGCUUCCGACUCUUCAACUCCUCCGCUUUCGGGGAGAACGAUCUCCUCUUCAAAGAUCUGACGUAUAAAUUAUCCGUCCUUCCGGACGACAUGGACGUCAGUCAGGUGCUGGGGCUGGAUUAUGUGGCUCUGCUCAAAGGCCUCGGACAUGAAGGGAGCUCACUGCAGGACAGCGUGGUGCGAUGGUGCUGCAUCAGCCACGCAGAGCAGAAGAAGUGUGAACAGUGGGCUCUCAGUAUUAAAUCAGACCCUCUGGUGUGUGUCAGGGCCGUUUCAAUGCGGGACUGUAUCGAGAAAAUCAAGAGGGACGAGGUGGACGCUGCCUCGCUGGAUGCAACACACUCGUUCAUCGCUGGGAAAUGUGGUCUCAUCCCUGUAGUAACAGAAUAUUAUGGAAGAAAGUGUGAGCUGGCUGAGGGAUUAACUCACCUAGAGACAGAUGUGCUGCCCUCGGUGGUGGGUGUAGCAGUUGCGAAGCGCUCCAGCAAGAACUUAUUCAUCGGGAACCUUGGAGGGCGUCGCUCCUGUCAGAGCCACAUGUACAGCCCUGCAGGCUGGAUGCUGCCGUACAGACACACACUGAGUCUGGAGCACAACAGCAGCUCCUGUGAUCCGAACCAAGUUUACAACGACGUGUUCUGGAAAGGCUGUCUUCCUGGCUCCCAGGGGAAUCUGUGUAAAGUGUGUAUGGGAGGCAGCGGGGAGGCUGCGACCAGACGCUGCGCUGACAACCACAAUGAGCGUUACUAUGGCAACAUGGGAGCUUUAAGGUAG